ACCCGAUACAAAUUUUGAAAUAAUUAAAUUUUAGUCCCAAAUCCUUCUUCCCGCCAAAGUGCGUAUAUAUAGUUUCAUUUUGGUCGCGGAUUGCAUCUUCUCUGCUUCGUCGAAUGCCAAUCUGCCGCAAUCAUGAAUCCUGAGACAGAUUACAGAGAAUCAACACCUUCGCAACUAUCAAAUAACGGUUGCAAUGGCGUUUGUAUCAUGAACACAACAUGGAAAGAUGAGCAGCAUCCAUCCUUUAUCAGCUUCAUCUCUUCGUUCCUCACUGAGAAUUCUUUUAGACUGAAUUUUGUGUCGAUUGCUCCAGAUUUCAUCUUCAACUGUGGAGGCGUGUCCGUUGCCUUUAUAUUCGUGGCCAGCUGGGAUUCUGGCUGCACUGAAUCCAUCUUCAGCAAAAUUCAGAAGUUAAAGGAACAGUUUGCCCAUUUCUAUGUGGUUGUUACCCUCCCAACCAAGGACCAGAAUGACUAUUUCAUACGCUCAUAUUUCAAACAUGGCAUGGAGUUUGGUAGGCCGACUUUCAUCCCCGUGCAGGAUUUGGAGAUGGGAUUCGAGAAGAUCGUAAAGAUAGCACAUGCUCGUGGAGGUGAGAUCGAAUUAAGCAUCGUUAUUCAGGAUCUUGAAUUGUACAUUUAUCUAAGGCAUGUUCUUGCAGUUUGUAAGAAACAUGAUGCUAUAGCAAAACUGAAAACUGAGAGGGAGAAGUCAGUUCAAUCCAUGGAUGUCUACAUCAAAGUGGUUACAUCUAUCCCUGGGAUUGAUAGCCAUGAUGCCAUUGCGCUGAAUCAAGCCAUUGGUUCCAUUGAAGCAAUAGCAAAGGCAUCAAAGGAGCACAUUGUGGAGAACACCGAUCUUUCAACUGAAAAGGCUGAAACUAUUACCAGGUUUUUCAGAGACCCGAAAUAUUACCUUGGUAUCAAAAUGAAGUGA